UCCAGCCAGCCAGUCCGACGACCCGACCCCAUCAUCCGGAGCUCACACGCACGCACCCCGGGAAGGGACACGGCACCCACCACCUUCUCCUCUCCCCCCGCUGACUUGCGGUCGCCGUCACCUUCCUCCACACGCGUUCCCAAAGCUGCCCCGCGUCGCGUCGCGCCGGGGCAAGGCGCGCUAUAUAAAGCCUCGGCGUCACCGGCAAGCCGCAAAACCAAACCACCACCUCCCACCACUUCAACAAACUGCUUGCUUGCACGCCGGCCGCGAUCUACCGUUUGGCUUCUUGCGCUAGCAGAGAGCUCGGUGGUUCUUGGCGGGACGAAGGGAUCGACGACGGCAUGGGCAACUACCUGUCGUGCACGCUGGCGAAGACGCCCGGCGGGAAGGGCGCGCGGGUGAUCCUCCCCGACGGGCGGGUGCGGCAAGUGACGCUGCCGGCGACAGCGGCCGAGCUGAUGCUGGACGCGCCGGGCCACUUCAUCGCCGAGACGCGCGCGGCGCGGGUCGGCGCGCGCCUCGCCGCGCUCUCCGCGGACGAGGACCUCGAGAUGGGCGCCGUCUACGCCACGUUCCCGAUGAAGCGCCUCGGCACGCCCCUGGCCGCCGCCGACAUGGCGCGCCUCGCCGCCGCCGCCACCCGGGAGGCCCGCCGGUCCGCCAAGGUGUCGGCCGUCGUCGCCGCGCCGCCCGAGGCCGCGACCGUGGCGGCCGUGUCGCUCGUGCCGGAGGAGACGCCGUCGCCCAGAGCGCGGCUGGACGAGAUGGUGGACGACGCCGUGGCGGCCGAGAUCGGCGUGCUCAAGCACCGGCUCAGCAGCGCGCGCUCCAGGCGGCCCACGCUCGAGACCAUACACGAGGAGAAUUACAUGUUGAGACGCUGAAAUUAUACUACUAGCCAACUUCUUUUAUUCUCUUCUCUUUGUUCUCAAUUUUUUGGUAUCGAAUUCAACAUAAGUUGGAAAGGAUAUGUGCUGGAAACAAAGGGAUUUAUUUGUACAUAUGCUUUUCUUUGUAUGUGAAGUAAUUCAAGAAUUCGUGGAUCCGUUAAUUUGUU